GUCCUGGCUCACCGCUGUUCUGGGGUGGACUACUGCUUCCCGGCUAUCCGCUAUUAGCAGCAACUACGAAAAUCGCUAUUCGAAAGGGCGCCGUUGUGGACGAGUGGACCUCUCCCGACAACGUAGCGGAUCCCGACUUCGAAGCACUCAUGCGAGAACUCUUGCCGAUCCCGCCACGGACAUCUAUUGCGACCUAUCUGCAAGGUGAGAACCACCUGCCCGAUUUGGUACUGACAAAUGCACUCAGCAAGUGUCUCGACAAAGGCGGUGCUCCGUGCACUUUCGUCGAUCCAUUUUCUCGUAGGCAGAGGGUAGCAACUUCUUCAAGAGAAGCGGGCGACGAAUGGGUAUCGCGAGUCACUGCAGAGGUCAACGAGUUCGACAUUUUGAACGCGUACUUAGAGAGCACUGACCAGACAGCUGCACGGGAGCACAUUCGCGCAGCCUCCAAAACUGCUGGCGAUUUAUAUCUACGGUCCUUUACUAUCGGUACCGAAAUUUUGCAGCUAGUUUUCUCGAUUCUUUUCUAUGCUUUCGCGCUGAUCAUCAGCACCCUUGGCAUGCGAACUGUGCGUGACCGUAGCUCCGACACAGCGAAACCCCUGUUGCAACAGCGCCUGCGACUCGAAGGUGACCCGCAGAAAGGCGAGGUAGAUAACAUCAACAAUAAGCUCACAAACACUGCAUCAAAAGUAAAUGGCCAGCGGGUGUUGACUUCCUCCUCUCUGCUCGAGAGCGUGAAGGCGCGCGUAUCCAACAUGCUCAGUGGUCGCGGACGCUCGUGCAGCGACAGUGCUGAUACCUCGAGAUUGGAUGAUAAUGAGGAUUUUCCCGAGGCCGCGGACUUCUCCGAGAGUGACGUCGCACCAGAGGACAUCGCAGAGCGGCAAGGGCUUCUUCAAGACAAGAAUACAUCGUCAUCGAAAGACAAAAACGCGAAAGGCAAUGCGUCAUCAAUGCUGCGUUCGGAUACGUUAGAAACCUUUGCACAGCCCGUUGAUAGCCAAUAUGCGCUUCGUAAAGCCGGGUUGCUUCGUGGUAACUCAACACAUGAUGUCGAUCACGCUGGUCCUUUUCUUCGCAACGAUAAUAUAGUUGAACAAAUUAACCCUCUUGACGGCGAAUUUCAGCAAGAAGCUGACGGAAACAUUCCAAGCCGACGUGUAAGUCAGGCGCGCUCACUCGCAUCUGGCCGCUCCGCUUUUAGCACGACGUCGUCCUUGCGGCGAUUAGAUGCGGACCUCGCUGCUGAUGCGGGAGUCAUACGUGAGAUAGCGCGAGUUCGCAGGAUGGAGAACCCAGAAGAGCAAGUCCUUUUCCUCCGAAAUGUGAAGAAAGCCUAUCCAGGCUUGGAUCGGCCAGCUGUGGCGCACGUGCAUUUCGCGGUUUAAGGCCAUCGACAAAAAAACCCAUUCUUCCAGAGAAAGGACAAUCUUCGCCUUCGCCUUGAUUUCUCUUGUCGGGGCUUGUGACCUCAUUUUUUCCAUACCUCUAUCAACUUGCAAAGAUAAGCUCCACAAGCUGCUCUAAAACGUUUCGCCGGACAGUGCUUCGAAGCUACCUCAGCAUCUUCAACGGCAUCCGACAUUGGCGAACGGAAGCGGUAUUUUUGGUCUUCUCGGGCGAAAUGGUGCGGGAAAGACGACGUUAUUCAAGCUGAUUCUACGGUACCGCUUACGGUUUUGCUUUUAGAUACCAGAAGGUUUUAAGUAAGUACGACUCCCUUAGCCUUACCGCAAAUCGAGGUCAUUACCCACCCACCUCCAUGAGCAUGACUCACAUUGAAAUAGAAUUACAAACUUCCAGCCUGAUCAUGUUCUUGAUCUUGUUACAACACUUCAUCUCCCGAAGGCUCGAGGCAGUUUCGGAAGGCGAGGUGUACAUUCUAGGAGAGAAAAGCCUAGUGCCCUAUCACCGAAUUGGAUACUGCCCUCAAUUUGAUGAGUCUCUUCUUAUGAGCCUGACCGUGUUCGAAAAUCUGCGGUUUUAUGGUCAAUUGAAAUUGCGCGAGCUCUACGCCAACUGGAAAAUUCAGGCUCUUAUCGACGAACUCAAACUAGGGGACUUCCAGGACAAAAAAUGCGGCCACCUUUCAGCAGGUGUGCAGCGCAAGGUACGCAUGUUUCUGUUUGAAGAUGUACUUGUAGACCUCUUCAUUCUUAAGAAGAUGUACGCAUGUUUCUGUUUGAAGAUGUGGCUUCAAAUUAAUCCAAAUAAGGAGUAGAGCAAUGACUUUAUCUAGUACGGCGAUCAGGAUCAACACCGGCUUUAUCCUCUUCUGAUCAUCCCCCUAGGUCUGUUUCGCAAUCUCGCUACUGGGCUCUCCUGACAUCCUUCUACUUGACGAGCCGGGAGUUGGGAUCGAUUUGGUUUCCAAGACGUCAAUGUGGGAGUUGGUGAGUAAGCAUAUUCGCAUGCAUGACAACAAGGUGUGCAUCUUCACGACCAACUCGAUGGAGGAAGGCAACGAUGUGUGCCACCAGAUUGCGAUACAGGUGCAGGGACAUUGGAAAUGCCUCGGCGGUCUACGCGAGUUCCAAGAGAAAUAUGUUAAGGCUCGCCUGCAGAUGUAGUGAUGAAACUCGAUAAGAAAUAAGAUUCGAGUUCUUGUGCUUGUCUGACUUCGUUGAGUGUCAGUCUGAUAGUGAUACUGACCAUCUUCUAAUUCAUAAGAAGAGGACCACUGCCUUCAACAUCAACUUCAUCUAUUUCAAAAGAAGAGGACUACUUAUGCCAUGCAUCGCACAUCGAUGGUCGUUAGUUCUAUUGUUCCUCAGCGAAAAAGAAAACCUCUAAUGCCGGGGGCGGCUAUCAAGUGGUCUGUGACUUUAUCGGCAAAGGCUUCAACUCUUGUGACCAGCUGGAGGAGGAUGCUGUGCGUGAUUUCGACGAUGUCUUGAACGGCACAGGAGGUAAAACCCAUGUUGGUUACCACGAGUGUUGUUUACAUUUUGGUAUAGAAUCACCCGAUGUCAUGUGCGUCUCUUUAAUUACGUCGAACAAUAUUAGGAAUGCAUUCUAUUUCUACCAAAGAUAUCAGAAAUUUCCAGGGUAUGCACAUCUACAUAUUACUAGAGAUUUCCUCCAAGUCACAGGUCUUCCCACUGGGAAUGAUGAAGCUGCAUCCGGUGCGCAACGCGAAACAUUCGGUUUCCUUUUUGGCGGUUCGACUUCAGCCGAAGACGAAUUCACGAGGUUGGGUGGUGCGAGUGCUACAAUGUCAACCUCCAGCACAACACCAGCUCAACAAGGCACCACAAUGUUCGCAAAGCGCAAUCAACAUGCGGAUGUGGUUGCUUCAGCCUACGGAGGUCCUUCUGGGUCUGGAACAAUUGACAACUCGUUGAAUAAAGACUCUUCAACAACAAAUUUGACGAGGACUGCAACGCAAAAAAGCAAGAAGAGUGCACAGCAAAGGAAGAAGCGUAGUAAGCUGACCGCAUUACGUAAGAGGCAGUCUUCGCUAUUGGAGGACCUCGAGGAGCAGUUACAAUUCGAGUACGAAGUAAUGCAAACACGAGGAACCCAGGUGGUUCUGCGCUUCCCGACAGUGACAGAAAACAGUCCCUUAUCCGAUGUGCAGCGCCUGCUAGAAUUCUUCCAACGGCGUCCCGAUCUACGCAUCUCGUUUGGACAAAUGCAACUAAAACACAUCUUCCACAAGUUUGCAGGAGAGGUGGCCAUCUAGAAGUUGUAACAACUCUCUGGUGUGGAGGUAGGUCACGCGCACCACUCCCGCUUCCUUGUGGCAGUUCUACUUUAGUCAAGAGAUUUAGAGUCUUGAAAAAUUAUAUUUUCUACUACAUUUUUAGUCACGCACCUUGAUUAUGAAUUUAUUUGAUUCCAGUUUUUCGUCUAGCAACAGCAAGUGCUGUGCAAGCUUGACAAGGUUAUUUGUUUGUUCUGUUGACAUAUUGAUUUCUUAUUUACAUAACUACGGCAUCUGGCAACAUAAUUUAAGAUCAUCACGCGCUUGCUCCGUCUAGUCUUCUACCAUUCUUAUAGCACAAUGAUCGCGUUAAUGACAAGUUUCUUGAGUUGUUUAGUUUUGAUCCGACAACAAGGAAGUUUCAUAGUUUUAGUUUUGUGAAAUCGAAAUGAUUUUCAAUGAUUGGUGCAGCACACCACAGUCACAGACAUGACAUCAGAAUACUCGAAGUGAGUUCUUCAUGUACCUAGGUCAAUACAGAUGAGAGUAGAGCAUAGGAAAAUGCUAGAGUUAUUCUUGUAACAACAACAACUACAACUUUCCACAAUAAAUAUAGAAAUUUGAAUUUCAUCUUUCUCGUAAAUGAUGCUGGAAGGAGCAGUGUUGAUACCCAUCACAGUCACACCCGCGGUGACGGACGAGCUUUCCCGCCAGAAGAAAGAUGGUUAAGGUGGAGGACCAAGAAGCGGUUUAAAGAUAAAGCCACAACGAAGACACUGGUAGAAGGUAUCAUCAAUCCGUCGUCUACAUGAGAUGAAAUGACAUUGUCGAUUUUUCGCUCACUGUACUUCAUACUGAGCUACUAGUACAGAGGAUUUCUAGACGUACUCCUCGUGAGGAGACCUGUAGGAAGAACGACUACCUAGAACAUGAACAACAUGAUUAGAUUGAAUUGAUAGAUAUGUGAUUCUGAAUUUUUGUUUUCUUACAUAUUGAAUUCCACCGACAAAACAACAAUUCUUGUAUGUUGCCCCUCGUCAGCAUGUUGUAAGUUUGGGAGAAGGUAUUGCAUAUCCAUGUUAUCAUGUUGUAAGAGUCUUCGUGCAUGAUUUUGAUACGUAGUUAAAAUAUCUUAACAAUAUGGCUUAUGGCUUAUAUGUAGCCACCACCUUGGCAUAAUUCACAAGAUAAGCGGCCUCGUUGAACAACUCAACUCUUGAACUAGAACAUACUCCCCUGAGAACUUAAUCCAAUGAUCAUUUGCUUGCAGUUGUUGCUGCAUGUCAUCACGAUCUUCCCACCUCGGUCUGUGAAAAGAAAACUCAACUCAGUAUUAUUGUACUCCAAAAGGAAUGGCACAUCGAUGUAUGUGUACUGAUUUAACUCGCCGUGCUGAUGUUUGGCAGUCUACUCAAGAUGCAGGUAUUGGCAUAAUAUGAAUAUUCAUAGAUAUAACUUUUCCUUGGUGGAUAUCGGAAGAAUAGAAACUAGUCAGCAUUGGCAGGGUGCAUCCCUCCCCAAGCAUAGCGGGUUGAUAGACAACGUUCCUCUGCAUGUUGCAAGUGGUGUCUUUUCGUGCGAUAGUCCACAAGAAGAAGAUGCGUCUUCCAGCAAUGUUUAACUGGGGUGGAAGUAGCCCAACAGAACCACGUUAUAUUU